AGUUUUUUUACUAGCCUACUUGUUUUGUAGUCAAUGGGCCCUCAUUGGCGUGUUGCAACCUGUCAUGCAUGUGUUUGUUUCGUAGUAGGCUAAACGACCAUGGCUUUUAAAGGUACACUCUGUAAGAUGUGCAUGUCAUCAAAGAGUGGACCCCCAACACAAACGUAAACAAUGGUGGCUACCUGUCCAACGUGUUGAGGAACUACACCGAGCAGGCGGGCGACGGCGACUUCCUGUCGGUCCACUGCCCGCCCCGCACCACCAUCGCUAUCCAAUCGGCUUUCUAUGACAGGAGUGGCCCCUUCCACCCCCAGCAGGGCCCGUCCUACCACAGACCCACCCUUUUAGGGACACUCCCACUGGAGGUUGACUUGCAUUGUUACAUGUCCACAGCACUACAGCCUUGUAGCAAAAUGUGCAAAGGUGACACCCAAGAAACACCCACUUCAAACCACACCCCCAAGCCAACUCUCAUUUGGCUCCUGUCAUGGCCGCUCCUGUCAUGGCCGCCAGCAUUUCUGGAGGAGCAAGACAAAAAAACGAGAAAAUGUUGGAUGAGUGCCAGGACAGGAGGAGCUGUAAGGUCCUUGUCAACAGUCGUCUCUUUGGGAUGGACCCGUGCCCCAGCAGCAGCAAACACCUCAUUGUGUGGUACAACUGCAGGCCUAAUGAGUAUAAGAGUAAGGUGGCGUGCGAGGAGGAGAGAAUGAAGCUGACCUGUAAACGGGGAAUGCAGAUCGCCGUCUACUCGGCCAUGUUCGGUCGAACCCAGCAGGGUACCCUGGAGUGUCCUACUCACCACAGGAGGGCAUCGUCCGUAGACUGCCAGUCGGGCGUGGCUCUCCAGGUGUUGACGACAAGGUGUCAGGGGAAACAGAGCUGUUUCGUCCAAGCGUCCACGCAAGAGUUUGGGGACCCCUGCUACUCGGGCACCAGGAAAUAUCUCAGUGUCAUCUACGCAUGUGUCCCAAAGAAGUUGCUGCUUCAGGAGCCCAACCCCAGAGUGGCAGUGUACCCCCCAUCACCCAGUGCCCAUGACCCAAACGUGGUUGGAGACAGCGCCCUCCCUGAUGGGACCUCGGGCAUAACCUUGGAGUCUGUGCUCUCAGGAAAGAAGAAGCGAGGGAGGGAGUUUGGUUCCUACUCUGGGGAGGUGAAGACAAAUGAGGGAGGAGUGGAGGACAAAGCCCCCCGGCCGCCGGACAUGAACCCUGUGAUCAAUGCUACAACUGUCAGCACCGAUAUGUCCCUUAUCAGUAGCUCACUGGCAGCCUUCAACUAUAUAGCAGACCACCCAGAGCGCGCGGCGCUCUACUUUGUGUGCGGCGUGUGCCUGGGCCUUCUCCUCACCCUGUUUGCUCUGGUGGUUCAGAUCUCGUGCCGCACCGACUGCCAGCCUCGCCGCCCCGGCACCACCACCAAGAACCGCCUGCGGCCCACCGACUCCUCAUCGGACUCCAGCGACUCAGACUCGGACUGGGAAACCACGUCGGAUCUAUCCGCGCGCCGCCACCGCCGCUUCGAGCGCACGCUCAACAUGAACGUGUUCACGUCUGCGGAAGAGCUGGAGCGGGCACAGCGGCUGGAGGAGAGGGAGAGGAUCAUACGAGAGAUCUGGAUGAACGGUCAACCCGACAUACCCGGGACGCGUAGCCUCAACCGCUAUUAUUGAGGCAAGAACGUAAAUUAACCACUACUAGAUCUAGAUGAACGCGGGACGCGGAGCCUCAACUGCUAUUAUUGAGGACCGUAAAUGAACCGCUACUAGAUCUAGAAAGGGGGCUGUGAAGGUUGGAGUGCAGUACUUGAGAUGGGAUGUGUAGGACCACAAAAACACACUAGGGUUUGGGGAUGGGGGGGAAGGGACCCCACCACCGGACCUGGUUUUCGGAGGUGUGCAUGAUAACAGGACCACUUUGGACUGCGGGGGUUUGGAACCGCACGAUGGAACACGGUGACGCUUGCAGACCAGGAAGGAUAAAUAUCCCCCUCUGUCUGUCAGUCAGUCUGUGUCCAUGUGGGCACUGUAAAGCAAAAAAAUAACUCUGUUGAUGCAGUGAGAAUAAGCUCCUACUUCUCAGCAUGGUAAGCUUGACCCGGAGCCUGCCUCUCAUUGGUGGAGGAUGAAGGUGAAAGGUCAGCUAACUGCACUGCCUCACAUUUUACCUCAUCGCACCCUCCUGAAGUGGAUGAUCUUGAGAUACUGAGACUGUGAAGCCUGAAAGGUCAAAGGUGACCUAAGGACAGUUGCCAAUGUUACUCCAGUGUUGCCUAGUGGAUAUUGAGAAUUGGGCAAAUCUGAAAGCGUGCAGCUUGCUUUAUGCUCACUCACCCUCCAGUAUUCAAAUGGUCGAAUGGCUUUAGGAGAGGCGUAACAGUUAAAAGGACAUCGUGACACUCAAAGUGAAACUUACAGCGUAACACUUACAGUAAAAUUGGACAGUGGGACAGUGGACCAACAACGUCACAAUCUUUAAGAGGAAAAUGACCAUGGUCAACCAACGCUGUCUCUUGAACCCAAAAUGUUUUUUUUUUUAUUCUUCUCAAACAUUUUAUGAAAUCUAUUUUAUAUAAUAUUUAAUAGUUGUAUUGUCGUGUAUUUUUGUCUUUACGGUUAUUAUUAUGAGAUAUUUUUAUACUGCGGUUAUCAAAACUUGUCUGGCACCUCAGGGAUGCAAUCCUAGGGGAGUCCAAAAUGGCACCCUAUUUCCUUUAUAGUGCUCUACUUUUGGCUAGAACCUUAUAAGGGUCUGGCAAAUCUCUGGCUAAAAUUAGUGUACAACAUAGGGAAUAGGGUGCCGUUUUGGAUGUAGCCCCUAGCGUUUUUGUGUAUGGUAGUUUCUAUUUGUUUCUUAAGAAGAGGAUUGGGGCCCGAAUUCAUUAAGCUUCUCAUUGUAGGAGUGCUGAUCUAGGAUCAGGUCCCCCAUCUCCAUGUAAUCUGAUUCAUUAUGAUAUAAAAGGCUAAACUGAUCCUAGAUCAGCACUCUUACUCUUGAGUCACGUCAUGAAUACAGUCAAUACUAUACAAUACUCCAGAUGUGUCAGCAUUUGAGCAUUGGGCCAGUAACCGAAAGGUUGCUGCAUAGGAUCCCCGAGCUGACAAGGUACAAAUCUGUCGUUCUGCCCCUGAGCAAGGAAGUUAACCCACUGUUCCCCGGGCGCCGAAG